AUGGCAGAAAUGGAACGGGAGCCGUCUCCCGCACCAACACCAUCCCUUUCUGCUCUGGACGAGCUGGGGCAGUUGGCAGACACGACUUCUGCCGGCCCUCCAGGACAGGGGGAAACAGCACCCUGUGGUGCAGCAGGAGCAGUGAUACAGGAGGAGCAGGAUGUCCAACCCGGCAGCGAGGGACACAACACCAUCCGAGUCCCUGCUGUUUCCAACGGGAGCAGGGGCCAAGACUCCGAAUUCUCAGGCCUCUGCUUUCCCCAGAAGCUUUGGAAGAUCCUGGAAAGCGGCCAGUUUCAGUCCAUCUGGUGGAGUGAGGGAGGACAAUGCGUGGCCAUCGAUGAAGUUCUCUUCCAAGAGGAGGUGCUGGGCAGGGUUUUUGCUACGCGGAAGAUGAGGUCUUUCAUUCGGCAACUGAACAUCUAUGGAUUCACCAAAGUACAGCCGGACUUCCAAAGAUCUGCCUCCCUGCCCGAAUUCCUGGCUGAGGAAGCAGCAGCCUCUUCUCACAGCAAGGUGCUCUACUACUACAACCCCAGCUUUAACAGAGAGCAUCCCCAGCUGCUGGAGCAGUGCAAGAGGAGAGGUGCCAUCAAGCGGAAAGCCCCGGGUACACCACAGGAGGAGGAAGAACAUCCCUCCAGAAGCCCCGAUGCACAGCCUGCGGUGCACACGCAGGCGCCUCCACCCACCAAACGAUGGGCUGAAGCACCUCCUGGCCCCGGCACUGCCCAUCCAUCUCCAAGGGCUGCUGCUCCCACACGCCCAGAGCCUGCCAGAGCAGCAGGUAGUGAGAGCUUCAUCCCUCCCGACCUCUGCUUUCCACCACCAUCCGGCCACCCAAGCCUGCAUGCUCCUGCUCCUCCAGAGUUUGCAGUGCUCCUGCUGCCACCGGCCUCAGCUCUGCCCAUGCCAAGGCGCCAACACUGGCCUCCUGCAGCCCCAACCUGGUACAGGGACCCCAGCAUGCCACAGCCUAGAGACAGCACAGGCCCUUGGCUGCAAGUCACCCAUGUCACCUAUACUGUGUGUUACAUAGAUAUUGAGUUAGUUGUUAGAGAUUGAGUUCGUAGAUAUUGAAUUCGUAGACAGAGAUUGAGUUGAUAGAUAAGGAUUGACUUGAUAAGGAUUUUGUUGCUAGAUAGAGCUUAGAAGAGUUGGUAGGAACUUAGGAGAGUAGGUUAGAUAGAGCCUGGUAGAGUUAGUAAUAAACUAUUAAACAAUAAACCUUC